UCACCCUUCAUUGGAUUUGCGCGCUACUUGUCCUACAUUAAGCCUACUGAAAUGAAGGAAGACCGCACGUGUCCUGAGCAACUGCCUGCCUCACACCGAAACCGAUGUGUACUUCCAACAAAUCAUGGAUGUACACCGGAAGAUACAACUACUCCGCCACGUGUUUGCCAAGCCAAAAACUCAGGAGGCUGUUCCGGAGGCUUGUGCUGCUGAAGCAGAUAUCCCAGAAAUCCAUCCAAGGCCAAAGAAGACCAGAUGGGGGACUGAGCGGGUUGUGAAGGUGACUGCAGAGAACUUGAGGGAUCAGCUCUCUGUAUGUGCCCCCAAUCGUUCCAUGCUCACUCUUAAUGCAUAUCAGAACUUCAAAAUGAAGCUGGUGGAGGUUGGUACUCUCAUGUGGAGACUCCACACUGAUGACAGGGACAGUUUCAUUUUGAAUGAGUAUGGAACUGACGGGGAGCUGAAGCUAAAUAGCUUUGUUGAAUUGACACUCUAUGAGGAUGGGCUUUGCACAUGUAGCUGUGAGACCUACAAAGUCAUUGCGGCUAUCGCCUCGCAGGAUGCUGAGGACACUCUUCCUGAUGGGUUACUGUGCAUGCAUUGCCGUUUCAUGAGAGAGGAAAUGAGAGAUCAACUUCCUUCCAUUUUGUCCGACAAUGCCCCUGCCAGCUCCCAUUUAGCUUUGAAGCUUCAGCAGUCAAAAUCUUCGCUGAAUGAUCCAGUGGUGCGGCUAACAGAUGGUGGAGGCACUUCUAAGUUCUCUGUACGGGCAUCCAAUGAUUUGGCCUUUGUAUCCAUUGCUGCCAGUGGGUUCAUGGUAGUUUGCUCUAGUGGUAUGUGCGCAGCGGUUCGUAAACACACCAAAACUCUCAAGAAGUUGCUGCAGGUGCCAGCGGAACAGGCAUCCAAGUUAUGCCCUCAUCUGGCAACCAUGGUCGCAAAUCGGGAGAUAUGGAGACCUGCUGAAAUCCCCACUGCACCUGAGGAAGAUGAAGCUGUAACAGAUGAACCACUACUACUGGCACCAUCAGAAGAACAAGUAGAGUUUGUUUCCCAGAAUAAAACAAAGAAACACUUAUUUGAUCCGACCACUAGCAAGUGGGACUUCGGGGGAUAUAGCAAUCAUCAACCAUCUGGUGAAUAUGAUAUCUCUGCGUCAAGAACUAUCCAGGCUCGCAUGCAUAUUACGGAUGGAACCCAGUACAAGCGCAAUCCCAGAACAGGCAUCUUUGAGUACCUGAGACUCAUUCCUGAUCUCCCAACCAAUGAUUGUGGACGUGGGCCUGGUAUGACAAAUGGAAUGCCGCCAUCUCACGGAAGAUAUUAGACAAACUUCCAUUUUGUUCUUU